AUCGACCGCAAUCCGUCAAAAUAAGUUAGUGGUACGUAAACUGAAUCACAAUAUACAACGUAUAAAAGGCAUUAACUCUUUCUCAUUCGUCACACUACACAUCCUCUUUUCAAUAAGGAAGGUCUACUAAAACAAGCAAAAUGUUUUCUUUUAAAUCUAUCGCACUCAUCGCUGCAGUUUUCACCAUCAGCGCUGACUGCAGUGCACCAAUAGUUGCACCAGCACAAAUUGGAUAUGCACAUGCAGUGCCGCAAAACGUCCCACCAUACGCAUCCCAAGUCAGCGUAGUCAGCAAAGCAGUCAGUCCAUAUUUUGCUGCUCCAGUGGCUACGCCUUUUGCUGCGCCAGUACCUGCACCUCUUGCUGCCGUUGCUGCUCCGUAUGCUGCUGCACCAGUUGCUGCUCCGUUCGCAGCCCCAGUAGCUCCGAUUGCUGCGCCUGUUGGUCAUAUUGCCGCUAGGGUUGCACCGGCAGUCGCUGCUCCGUUCGCCGCCCCAUACCUAGCUGCCCCAUACGCUGCCGCUCCAUAUGCUUUCCCUGGUCCCUUCGCUGCUCCAGCACCCUAUGCGGCGCCUUACCCCUAUUCAGCACCAUUGAUUCGUUCGGCGUUCGGUGUAGCUCCAGCGUUUGUCCGAUAGAUUUAAAGUAAACUAUAAGACCUUCCUAAAAAGACUUAUUUACUUAUAAGACAAAAAGAUGUAAAAAAACACCAUAAGAUAAUUUUGUAUAUACCAAAUUAAAAAAAUAUUUUAAAAGAAA